AUGAGCGGACUGCGCAGGCACGACAUCAUGGCACUCGUGCUCUUUAUCUACACGUUCACCGGCCGGUGCAGCGAGAGCGCGCCCACGCCGGCUGCCUCCGUCUGCAGGGAUGGCAGAGCCCCGUGGCGGAUAGCGGACACGGUGAAGCGUGCGGAGGAGAGCAGGCGUGUGGUCAGGGCGCAGACCUCGUCCCCGUCAACACCUCCGAAAGACUCUUUAGCAGAGCAAAGGGAUUUACGCAGCCUCAAAACAGAGAGGGGGGAUCAAGUUAUCGAAAUUUUCCCCAGAGAUCUCAGAAAAAAAGAAAAGUUUCUUCAACACUUAACUGGUCCUUUGUACUUCGGUCCCAAGUGCCGGAGGCAAGUAUACCGGCUCUACCACCAAACCAGAGACUGCUCAAUACCUGCAUACUUCAAAAGAUGUGCGCGGCUCCUUACACGGUUAGCAGGCAGCCCACGGUGCACAGAGGGGUAG